GAGAUAGAGCAUGAGGCAAAGUCAACAGUGAAGAGGUGUGACAGAGAGACAAAAGAAAAGAUGUCAGGGCCUCAAUGCUGUUCAAAUCCACCAAGCUUGAACCCCGGUGGAGGAGUUGGGCAUGUGGACAAAGUGGGUGGUGUUGAUUCCUAUUUCACUGGAUCUCCUCACUCCAAACUCGCUGUUCUUAUGCUCUCCGAUGUUUUUGGAUAUGAAGCGCCAAAUUUAAGGAAGCUUGCUGACAAAGUUGGGGCUGCUGGGUAUUAUGUAGUUGUUCCUGACCUCUUGGAUGGCGAACCCUUUAAUCCUCAGAAUUCGGACAGGCCCUUUCCUGCUUGGAUAAAAGAUCAUGGACCAGUGGAGAAAGGUGCUGAAGCUACAAAACCCAUAAUUGAAGCCUUAAAAAGUAAAGGUGUUUCAGCUAUUGCAGCUGUUGGUUUUUGUUGGGGUGCAAAGGUUGUGGUUGAACUUGCGAAAUCCAGACUGAUCCAAACUGCAGUGCUAUUGCAUCCAUCAUUUGUCUCCCUGGAUGACAUCAAGGGUGUUGAUAUUCCAAUUGCUAUACUUGGAGCCGAGGUAGACCAAGUUUCUCCUCCAGAGCUUGUGAAACAAUUUGAACAAGUCCUAGCUGCUAAAUCUGGGGUUGCCAGUUUUGUUAAAAUAUUUCCCAAAGUUUCACACGGUUGGGCUGUGAGAUAUAACACUGAAGAUGCAGAAACCGUAAAGGUGGCAGAAGAGGCCCACCAGGACUUGCUGGACUGGCUUGCUAAACAUCAUAAGUGAGACAUCUUGCUCUGUUAAGACUGUACAAUGGAGUACUUGAGUGAAGGAUGUAAUGUAAAAUGGUACUCAAUCAACGUAGCUGUAGUUUGCAAGAAAAUAAAUGUUGUAUUGUUACAUGUUGGAAGUGGAUCUUAUUGCUAGAUGAUCCUAAUAAUGUUGCUUUCCGUGAUUUGAGUUUGGUGGACAAUUGUGAUUUGAGAUCUUAAUAAAUCAUAUUUUAAAACCUUUAUGUAAAA